AUGUCGUCCAUACACACUGACGGUCUUACCAUAGUGCAUUCCUCACAUAACGACACUCCUGAUCUACGUCUUAUCCAUUACAAUGAUGUUUAUCACGUUGAAUCGGGAUCGGCGGAACCAAUUGGCGGGGUCGCUCGUUUCCAAUCCCUGAUGAACUAUUACCGCGAAGAUCCGCGGUUUACGGGCCAGUCGGAUAUCCUCACUCUCUUCUCGGGCGAUGCAUUUAACCCGAGUCUGGAGAGCUCCGUGACCAAGGGCAGGCAUAUGGUUCCGUUCCUCAACAAUAUUGGCACUGACGUGGCAUGCGUGGGUAAUCAUGAUCUGGACUUUGGAGUAGCCCAGUUCCGUCAUCUCGCAAGCCAAUGCCACUUCCCCUGGCUUUUGGCCAACGUGUUGGACCCUGCUCUUGGAGACGGGGUUCCGAUCGCCAAUUGUGGGGCGACGUGCAUGCUGACCUCGUCGAAUGGCAUCAAGAUUGGUGUGAUUGGCCUGGGUGAAAGAGAGUGGCUAGGAACAAUCAACUCAUUGCCCCCAAACCUUAUCUACAAAUCUGCCACCCAGACAGCCAAGGAGCUAGCACCACAACUCCGUGAACAAGGUGCAGAGAUCAUAGUCAUUGUUUCUCACCAGCGUGAACCGAAUGACAACAAAUUAGCUACCAAUCUACCUACAGGAUUGGUUGAUAUCAUCCUCGGAGGUCACGAUCAUUAUUAUGCACAUGCCGUAAUCAAUGGCACCCAUGUGCUGCGUUCUGGGACCGACUUUAAACAGUUGAGUUACAUUGAAGCCUUCCGAAAGCCUAAUGGUUCCCCGGGCUGGGAUUUUAAUAUCACAAGGCGGGAUGUCGUGCGAUCUAUUCCCGAGGCUCCGGCGACAGUCGCAUUGGUUGAUCGCCUAACGGCAAGUCUCAAGGCCAAGGUAGAGAAACCGAUUGGGUAUACCGUCACUUCGCUGGAUGCUCGGUUCUCUACAGUGCGGCAACACGAAUCAAAUCUGGGCAAUUUUGUUUGCGAUUUAAUGCGAUCCUACCACUCGGCAGAUGUUGCUUUGAUGGCCGGUGGCACCAUUAGAGGCGACCAAAUCUACGCGCCGGGUGUCAUACGCCUCAAGGACAUUCUGAACUGUUUUCCGUUUGAAGACCCGGUGGUUCUUUUGCGAGUCAGCGGCCAGGCCUUGAUGGAAGCUCUCGAAAAUGGAGUUAGCACACUUCCUGCAUUGGAAGGACGCUUCACCCAAGUGUCAAAUAUUUGCUUCGGAUUUAAGUUGUCUCUUCCGCCGGGAUCGCGCAUCACAUUCGCUAGGGUUGGGGGUAAUCCGAUUGAACCCGAGCGUCAGUACACCCUGGCAACGCGUGGGUACAUGGCACGUGGAAAGGACGGGUUUUCCUCCUUAGUCCAGGCCGAGGAGUUAAUCUGUGAAGAAAACGGAGUUUUGAUCAGCACAAUCUUGCGCCAGUACUUCUUGAGCUUGAAAGUUCUCAGCCGAUGGAGGAAUUUCAGUGAGAGUCUUCACCGGCACUGGGACUCCGUUCAUCGCGAUGCCUAUAGAGAAGGCUGGAUGAAGCCUCCUUCAGCUGCUGUGUCACCAGUAUCAGAGAAGGCACCUAGCAAUCGCUUGAACUCCCGACCAACUCUGUCAAGAACGGGCAAAGAGGCGCAUUACUACGGACGCUUUCCACAGAAGGAAUUGCAAAAUACUGCCCAGGAGAGCGGUACCAACAGCGAUGCCAUGGACUCUGAUUCAGACGAGGACCCUGAUGUUCUUCCCUCCCCGGUCACCAAUUACGUGACGCAUCCAGCCUCAUCCGCCGAGGACGAAGAUCGUCGUCUCCUGCUGGCGCGCUGGGUAGUUGCCCGAUGGACCCGGAAGGCCGGUGUGCGCUCGGCACUGAGUGAAAUUGAGAUUGAGACUCCUACAUGGACAUCUGGUAUCUCGCCACGGGUCGAGGGUCGCAUUGUUGAAGAAUAA